AUCCUCAAGUAUAAGUUUUCAAUGUCCUAUGACGUGGAUGGGAGAGUCUCCAAAAAUAGCGUUCCACAGUCACAUGACAAAGUUUUCUACGAGAGUAACCAUAGCGACAGUCGUUACGACAGAAGGAAGCCAACAACAUUUAACAAGCAGGGAGUCUUGUGGCCAGCAUAACGACCCGUACCCAUCGGAGUUUUGAAAUUCAAAAUACCAGUCUUCAUUGAGAUUCGAACCCAGGACCCAAGGUUCGGAAGCCAAGUACUUAACCGCUCAACCACCUUGCCUUCUGACAUGGACACGAACCUUGAAGACCCAAGUUUUCUUCAAGACACCUGUGGACUUAAUGUUUGUCUAAAGGAUCAGACUGACCUAGCAGACUCCUCCAGUCUUGGGGGUGAGAAUCAAGAUACAGGUCUUCAUCAUUUGACCAAUGACCAGUUUAAAGUCCAGUCAGAUGAGGUUAAAGGUCCACUAAUUGGUGAUCAUGAAACUCAGGAGUCAGAAGGUGGAGAAGCUGAUCUACACAAAUAUCUUGUAGGCUGUAAGAAGAAUCCAGGUCAUAUACAGUUUAUACCUGUUGAUACAUUCAACUUAAAACAUUUACCUGAAGGUUUUCAAGACAAUGAUUUGUAUGAACUCAUUAAAGUUAAAGCUGACCUCACAGUUAGAGUUAGUGUGGAAAUGUCAAGUCCACACAGACCAAAGUUUUAUCCAAAGACAACUGAACCAUAUCCAUUUUCUAACAUGAUUGAGAGAAGAAUCUUGAGGACAGGAAGUGGAAGUGUGUGGUAUGUAAACAAGUUUCAAGAUGGAGUCUCACAAGAUGGACGUUAUAGACUUACUGCUUACACAAAAUGUUGGUGUAGAAAAUGUAAAGGUUCAAAUUCAGCCAGCAAUGUGUGGUGGGAGUUUGAUGUGACCACAGCCACACAUUUGGUUUUUGAUGUUAUUGAGGCCAACCACACGACCCUGAGAUUGUUUUAUGAUAGAGAUGACAGUCCAGAGGUCAGUGUUGAUAAGGUCAGUGUUCUAGAUUUAAACAUUGAUUAUGACUUGUGUAGGUUGAACUGUGUGACAUGUGAUAAAACUUUAGGAAAUAAACUGAUGGGAAUGUGGGAACAUUUUAAAAAUAUCAGGGAGAAAGUCUUGAACAAAUACAAAGAGUCUAGAUCUCAACAUAAGUUGACCUUUAUAGUGUCACAUCCUCAUGGAUGUUCUAAACAGGUCAGUGUUGGUCAAUGGAAAGAAAGACUAGAGGUGGGUGAUUAUAGAUCUAAGUUAACUUAUACAACUUGUACAUGUCCAGGAAGUAGUGGAGCACAUGUCUACUGUCUGGGGUAUGGAGACUUGACUUGGCCUGAACUUGUCCACAGUGGAAGUUUCAAGUCUGGAUUAAAUUACAGCGGGGUUGGUCUUGUCUAGUGAGUUGUUUUCCUUGUGAGUUGUCCAGCUCCACCAUGAAGAUGUCUUUGAGAACCUUUGACAUUCUGAACGUUAAACUCAAAUGUCUCUUUAGUCUUGAGUUAUGUAAAUAAAUUGUGUAUGUUAUCUUUAAAUUUACAAUGUUUUGUUUCCUUUAAUUUAUCUAUGUUGUACUUUGUAAUUUACAUUUACAAUAAUUAAAACAUGUUUAAAUGCAAACAAAAUCUACCAAGUGUAGAUCUUGAACUUGAUUUUAACAUUAGGUUUGUGGAAAUAAUUAUUA